AUGCACUCUAACCCCUUAUUUAUACACAAACCUUUUGUGCUUUGAUAUGACAUUAACUGUAAAUACAAAUUCUGUUUUUGUAUUACAUUCUAUCUUUCUACAUUCCUUUACUAAGUGUCUUGAGCAUUCAUCAACCACCAAUAACAAAAUGACCAAACUUUUGUUUAUUUUGACCACCCUCAUUGGAUUAUGCUUUUUCACAUUAAAUUCCUAUGCCUUCUCACCUUCAGGAUGGACCAAUGGUCAUGCCACUUUUUAUGGGGGUAGUGAUGCUUCAGGGACUAUGGGAGGAGCAUGUGGUUAUGGGAAUCUGUAUUCAACAGGAUAUGGAACUAGAACAGCUGCUUUAAGUACUGCUUUGUUUAAUGAUGGAGCUUCAUGUGGGGAGUGCUAUAAAAUCAUUUGUGAUUAUAAAACAGAUCCAAGAUGGUGCAUAAAAGGAAGAUCUAUUACCAUAACUGCCACUAAUUUCUGUCCUCCUAAUUAUGAUCUUCCAAACAACAAUGGAGGAUGGUGCAACCCACCUCUCAAGCAUUUUGAUAUGGCUCAACCUGCUUGGGAAAAGAUUGGAAUCUACAGAGGUGGGAUCAUCCCCGUUUUAUUCCAAAGGGUUCCUUGCAAAAAGCAUGGAGGGGCUAGGUUCAGUGUGAACGGGAGAGACUACUUUGAACUAGUGUUAAUCAGCAAUAUAGGUGGUGCUGGAUCAAUCCAAUCUGUGUCCAUUAAAGGCUCCAAAUCUGGUUGGAUGGCUAUGUCAAGAAAUUGGGGUGCUAAUUGGCAAUCAAAUGCUUAUUUGAAUGGCCAAUCUUUGUCAUUUAAGGUCACAACCACUGAUGGAGACACCAGAAUUUUCCAAGAUAUUGUUCCUUCUAAUUGGGCAUUUGGCCAAACUUUCUCUAGCCGCCUCCAAUUCUAAUCAACCUCACUCACAGAUAAGGGCUUAUGUGCUUAAUUUGGAUUCCACAAAUUUUCACAUAAUUAUUAUUAUUACUAGAACGGCUGAGGCGUGCUUUUUUAUUUUAUUACUGGAGCAGCCCGCCACCCCUCUUUUGGAUGGUGGUUUCUUUUUUAUCUUUAAUAUUCUCAAAAGCUCUCAAAUGAACGUCUGGAUUGACAAUUCCAAACGUAUAGUUUGUAUCUCUGGAUUGACUAAUCUAGACACAUAUCUUCUAGAUUGAUGGAUGGACCAAACCCAUCAACUUGAAGCACAUUGUUAAGCCACAUGGCUUGCAUGAAUUGCUAUUCUUAUCAAUAAUAAUAACAGUCAUCAUCAAAUUAUUUGGAAGCUCUUUCAAGCAUGUAGAAAUUAAUAAGCAUAGUUUAUAUAUUUUAUACUACAAAAUUAUUGUUGUAAUAUGAAGAGUACUAUUGUGCUAGCUGUAUUGCGGGAGUUGGGAAGAUAAUGAUUUCCUAACAUUUUCAAUUUUAUAUAGUGUUGUUUUCUUUUUUUGAGAAAACUUUAUAUACUAUUGUUAGUUGUCAUU